AUGUCGAAGAAACAACUAGCUUUGGCGCUGACAUGCGCACUCAGUUUCUCGCCCGCCUGUGCGAUUGCAUUCAGGGACACUAUGGCUCUCCCGGUCUCACUGCAACAAUGCUUAAACAGUACCGGAGUGGCCGUGAUGUAUCCUAGCGACAUGAACUAUGAUGCAUUAUCACGCCCGCAGAAUGCGAAUUAUCAGCCCCAUCCAAAGGUUAUUGUGGUACCCACGUCAUCGGAGGAGGUAGCUGCUAGCGUACGCUGUGUAGCUGCUGAGAAAGGGGAUGUCAAGCUCAGUACUCGGGGAGGCGGUCACAGCUAUGCUGCGUACGGUUUCUCCGGUGAGGUAGUCGUUGAUUCCAGUCAGAUGAAAGGGAUGAGUUUCGACGACGACAAGAAGGAAGUUACGGUGCAAUUUGGUCAAACUUUGGGUCCAUUGGCGGUUGCAAUGGGUCGGAAAGGAUAUGCCCUUCCACACGGUACCUGCCCCGGUGUCGGAAUUGCAGGGCAUGCGUUAGGUGGUGGUUGGGGGUUUACAUCGCGUAAAUGGGGGUGGCUUCUUGAUCAUAUCGUGUCGCUAGAACUUGUUGAUAUUGGCGGGAAUAUCAAGCUGCUGAACUCUAGCUCAGUGGGGAUGGAUGCGGAGUUGUGGUGGGCAUUAAGAGGAGCUGGAGCUAACAAUUUUGGCGUUGUAACAUCGUUUACGUAUGCUAUGGAGGCAGCCCCGACUGCAGUUAUGAACUAUGGAAUCAGUUUCUCGUCCAAAUCAGACUGCGCACAAGUGCUAUUGGCAGUCCAGGAGCUAGGCUCUAUCUCUACCGACGAUCCUGAUGGUCUUCCGGUCGAGCUUGGUGGAGAGGUCAUUAUAUCUGGUGCCGAUGCCACGAACGUUUGCUCUUUUACUGGACAGUAUUUGGGAGAGCGCGCCGCAUUUGUACCAGUACUCGAUAGAUUGUUGGGCAAACUUGCAGACCGCGGAGUGAGGCCAGUCAAUUCUACGUCCUACAUCAAAGAGUUUGAUGACUGGAUAGACGCUCUCACAGACCUCAUGGGCUCGUUGGAUGAGCCCAGUACUCCGCAGCCAUAUUAUGCUCAGUCUCUGGUGGACGAUGGCGCCCCCAAUUAUACAUCCCAUGGUGUAGAACACAUCAUCGACGCUAUUCAGAACGCAAAACUGGUCAAAGAUACAGAGAAUCAUGUCUCUUUCGAUCUGAAUGGACCAGGCUCAAGAACGAACAUUCCACCGACGUCCGGCGAUACAUCGUUCAUCCAUCGGGAUAGUUUAUUUCUUGUCCAAAUCUUCUCCUAUAAGUUUCCUGGCUUCAACAACACAGAUGGCCGUGAUCAAGGACUCAAGAAAGUUACCAACGUUGCAGACAGUAUCAAACAAGCUAAACCUAGUGGCCAGUGGCACGCCUAUCAGAACUAUAUUGAUCCCUACCUUGAUGAUUUUGGACAGGCGUACUAUGGCGUAAAUUUAGAACAUUUGAAGUCGCUGAAGGCCGUUGCAGAUCCGGAUUCAGUGUUCGAUUUUCCGCAGGGGCUAGGGCAUGCAUGA